AUUGAAGAAGCAGAGCGAUAUAGACGAAAGAGAUACUGCAAAUGCUAAUCUUGUCUUCCUCGUUGAUCAUCAUUAACCUUUUUUUCUAUUCCAGCAAACUCCAUCAUUAACCUAAGGCUUCUCUCUAUCUUCUCUGUUUUUAUUUUUUUUGCUUUCCAUUUUUUGAUUGAAAUAAUUGCGAACCUAACCUAAUUUUGACAUCUUGUUCAUACUUGAUAGUAAGCUCUCAUUGUGUAAUUGCCAGUUCCUAUCCAUUUGAAUGUGAUUUAUAACCUAAUUUACGAUCAUGUUCAUUGUUCGUAGGAAACCGAAAUAGUGUAAUUGCUAGUUCCUAGCCAUUCGAAUUAGAUUUCUAGAUCAUCUGAAAAAAAUGAUUUUUCUAAAUCUAUCGUUUGUCAUUAUAAUCUUAUCCAUAAAUAGAAAUUAGAAAUGCUAAUGAAUAAAAAUAACAGAGAGAGAGAGAUGUGUGUUUUAAGUAAAACCCCAAAUUUAACAGGAACGGCAUAGCAAACUGAUAAAACUGUCUUAUGUCAAAAUUAGAGUUGUCUCGUUUAAAUCUAUUUGGACAUUACCCACAUUAGUUUUGUUCGUUUGAUUAAUUUUUUUUUUUUUUUGUAUUUUCUAUUUAUAAUUAGUUUUUGGUGAUUGUUUAUUGUGAGCAAAACCACCAGCUAGCUAUUCAUGUUUGUUUGUUGUUCUGUAAGUUUUUGAAGAAGACUAUUAAAGAAUCAAAAUGUAAACCAAUAAACAAAACUUAAAAAAGACAAAGCUUUUCUUCCCCCAAAGAACAUGGGAGUUCUGAAGGGAAGAUCCAAAGCUUGUCUCUUUGUUGUAUUCUUGUACAUUUUAAAUUGUGGGUUUUGUGUGUUUGCUCAAGAAAGCAGCAAUGAGAAGAGAAAGGUAUAUAUAGUUCAUUUAGGUGCGAGGCGACAUGAUGAUCCUGAGUUGGUCUCAGACUCACACCAUAGGAUGUUGGAAUCGGUUUUCGAAAGCCCGGAAGCUGCUCGAGAGUCCAUCAUCUACAACUAUCACCAUGGGUUCUCCGGGUUUGCAGCCAGCCUUACAGACUCACAAGCUAAACAACUUUCAGACCGUCCUGAUGUUUUCAGUGUCACGCCAAAUCGAAUGCUUCAGUUGCAGAGCACUAGGGUUUAUGAUUAUUUGGGUCUUUCGCCGAGUUUGCCCAAAGGAAUUCUCCAUGAGAGCAACAUGGGAAGUGAUCUUGUCAUUGGUUUGAUUGACUCUGGAAUAUGGCCAGAGUCUCCGGCUUUUAACGAUGAAGGGCUUGGACCGAUACCAAAACAUUGGAAGGGAAAGUGUGUAGCCGGAGAGGGUUUUGACCCAGCAAAGCAUUGCAACAAGAAGUUAGUAGGAGCAAGGUACUACACUGAUGGCUGGGAUGAGUUAUUUCCUGGGACCUCAAUCAGCGAGGAAGAAUUUAUGUCCGCUAGAGGUUUAAUUGGACAUGGGACGGUAGUCUCUUCAAUUGCAGCAUCUUCAUUCGUGCGUAACGCUUCAUAUGCUGGUCUUGCACCCGGAGUCAUGAGAGGCGCUGCUCCAAAGGCUCGUAUAGCUAUGUACAAAGUUGUUUGGGAUAGAGAACUUUAUGGGUCAUCCCCUGUGCAUCUGCUCAAGGCAUUUGAUGAGGCCAUAAACGAUGGCGUUGAUGUAUUGUCGAUUUCAAUAGGCUCUGGGGUUCCUUUUCGCCCAUAUGAACCUACUUCGGGAGAGAUAGGGGGAGAUAUAUCGGUUGGAUCGUUCCAUGCUGUGAUGAAGGGCAUUCCGGUUAUAGCUGGUGCUGCUAAUUCAGGCCCUGAUGCUUACACUGUGGCUAAUGUAGCUCCGUGGUUGCUCACAGUCGCUGCAACUAGCAUAGACCGUACCUUUUAUGUGGACUUGACAUUUGGAAAUAACGUUACCAUAAUAGGUCAAUCUCAAUAUACAGGUAAAGAAUUAUCUGCUGGUUUAGUUUACGUCGAAGACUAUAGAAAUGUGACCUCUAGCAUGCCCGGAAAAGUUAUCCUAACUUUUGUGAAAGAAGAUUGGGAAAUGACAGACGCAUUGCUGGCUGCAACCAACAACAAAGCCUUGGGGCUGAUCGUGGCACGCAGUUCUGAUCAUCAAAGUGAUGCUCUGUAUGAAGAACCAUACGUCUACGUAGACUAUGAAGUUGGAGCUAAGAUUCUACGAUACAUCCGCUCGACAAAUUCUCCAACUGUUAAAAUUAGUACUGGUAAAACGCUUGUGGGACGUCCUAUUGCGACUAAAGUUUGCGGAUUUUCAUCUAGAGGGCCUAAUUCAGAGUCUCCAGCCAUUCUCAAGCCUGAUAUAGCAGCCCCCGGUGUGACGAUUUUAGCAGCUACCUCUGAAGCCUUCCCCGAUUCUUUCGGCGGAUAUACCCUAGGUUCGGGAACAUCCUAUGCCACUCCCGCUGUUGCGGGGCUCGUCGUACUCUUAAAAGCAUUACACCCUGACUGGUCUCCUGCCGCGCUUAAAUCAGCUAUUAUGACUACAGCAUGGACGACCGAUCCAUCCGGGGAACCUAUCUUUGCGGAGGGAGAACCACGGAAACUGGCUGAUCCAUUUGACUACGGCGCAGGACUCGUGAACAUAGAAAGAGCCAAAGAUCCGGGACUAGUUUAUGACAUGAAUGUAGACGAUUACAUUGACUUUUUCUGCGCCUCUGGUUACAACGAGACAGCAAUCACUACACUUGUCGGAAAACCCACGAAAUGCUCGUCUCCGUUACCAUCUAUACUCGAUCUUAACUACCCGGCCAUCACGAUUACCGACCUUGAAGAAGAAGUGACCGUCACGAGAACGGUAACCAACGUUGGACCUGUGAAUUCGGUUUAUAAAGCCGUGGUGGAGCCUCCUCAAGGUGUAAAAAUUGUUGUUGAACCAGAGACUCUGGUGUUCUGUUCGAACACGAAGAAACUUGGGUUUAAAGUUAGGGUUUCGUCAAGUCAUAAGAGUAACACUGGUUUUAUCUUUGGUAGUUUCACUUGGACUGAUGGGUCUCGUAAUGUUACCAUUCCUUUGUCUGUGAGAACUCGUGUUUUGAACCCUUGAAUAACAAAGAUUCCUCAAUUCGUCAUAAAUUGUUUUUCUUUGUUUUUCUUCUCUUUUUCCAUAUCAUAAUGAAAACAAAAACAUAUAAUGUAUAUUGUAAUUUCGUUAUC